AUGGCUGUGAGGCCCUAUGAAUGCACUAAGUGUGGAAAAUGCUUCCCUAGCAGCUCAGACCUUACCGAACAUCAGAGAAUUCACACAGGGGAGAGGCCCUAUGAAUGCAGUGAGUGUGGGGAAAAAUUCAGUCGCAGCUCAAACCUUCUUACCCAUCAGAGAAUCCACACAGGGGAGAGGCCCUAUGAUUGCAGUGAGUGUGGGAAAAGCUUCACUAGCAGCUCAGGCCUUUAUCAACAUCAAAGAAUCCACACAGGGGAGAGGCCCUAUGAAUGCAGUGAGUGUGGGAAAACCUUCAAUUGCAGCUCAAACCUUCUUACCCAUCAGAGAAUCCACACAGGGGAGAGGCCCUAUGAAUGCAGUGAGUGUGGAAAAUGCUUCACUCACAGCUCAGCCUUUUCUCAACAUCAGAGAAUUCACACAGGGGAGAGGCCCUAUGAAUGCAGUGAGUGUGGGAAAACCUUCAGUCUCAGCUCAAACCUUCUUACCCAUCAGAGAAUCCACACAGUGGAGAGGCCCUAUGAAUGCAGUGAGUGUGGGAAAACCUUCAGUCUCAGCUCAAACCUUCUUACCCAUCAGAGAAUCCACACAGGGGAGAGGCCCUAUGAAUGCAGUGAGUGUGGGAAAACCUUCAAUUGCAGCUCAAACCUUCUUACCCAUCAGAGAAUCCACACAGGGGAGAGGCCCUAUGAAUGCCGUGAGUGUGGAAAAUGCUUCACUGACAGCUCAACCUUUUCUCAACAUCAGAGAAUCCACACAGGGGAGAGGCCCUAUGAAUGCAGUGAGUGUGGGAAAACCUUCAGUCGCAGCUCAAACCUUCUUACCCAUCAGAGAAUCCACACAGGGGAGAGGCCCUAUGAAUGCAGUGAGUGUGGGGAAACCUUCAGUCGCAGCUCAAACCUUAUUAGACAUCAGAGAAUCCACACCGGUGGGAGACCCUAUAAAUGCAGUGAGUGCGGAAAAUGCUUCACUGACAGCUCAGCCUUUUCUCAACAUCAGAGAAUCCACACAGGGGAGAGGCCCUAUGAAUGCAGUGAGUGUGGGAAAACCUUC